AUGAUGUUUUCCGCUUCAAAUCCAGCUAAUUUCAUGUACUGGGGUGAUUUACUUCUUUGUGGUUCACAUUGGCCAAUGAAUUCGAACUUGAGUACAAAGUUACAGAAAUCCAUUUCAAAUGAUUCAUACAAUUCUAUUGUUACUGCAAAUAGCAAUGAUGAAAAUACCGAUCCAGUCCAAUCGUCGUCAAAUUUAGAGAAUGAACCUAAAGAGAAUGCUUUAAAUGAUAUAUCAGGAAUUCCAUGUAGUAAUACAAUGUCAUCAGUAUUCCAGUCGACCUCAUUAUCAUCAUCAUUAUCAAUAACGUCGGCAUUAACCACAACAGCGACGAUGCCUACUACAACUUCCAUAACUAGCACCACGUUCAAUUCGACUUCUAAGUCAAAUAUAUUUGGUACUUUAGGUUUAAAUCCCUUUGAUGGAAGUUUAUUAUCACAUCUAUUAGCUUCCAUGAAUAACAACACAUCAUUGACAAAUUUAUAUACGAAUUCUUCAUAUUGUUUAUCAAACACACCAGACAACAUAAAUAAUGUCGGUGACUUUUUAACUAAUGGAGGUGUAGCAGUGAAUUCGUCGUGUAAUUCUACUGCAGUAGCUGUGGCAGCUGUUGCAGCUGGUCUUAUUAUGCCGUCAAAUGGUACUGGAACGAUUGGUUUAUCAAAUAACAUCAGACUGUCUCCAGUUACUGCACUUGGUUGUGGUCUAGUACCACUUCUAAAUAAUAAUAAUAAUCAUAAUCACUCUUCAUCAACGUCUAUUCGUAAAAGACGUCAUCAGAAUACUACGCCUAGUGCACAACUAAAUCUUUUAUUACCGGAACAUGAAAUUUAUGCAGAUUUAACAAUUAUUCAUAGAGCUUGUUCAAAAGUGUCAAAUAUUCCCAAUGGAACAUCAAUGAGUAGCGGUAGUCGUAAGCAUUCUUCACAUACUACAAGUAACAAUUCCAAUUAUACUCCUUAUAAUAAUUCGAAUACAUCUCAAUUGUGCUGUACUAGUCCAUUAAGUCCUUCCUUAGGUAAAUGUUAUGAAGAUAAUUGUGGCUCAAAUAGACUGACAAAAGAUUCCAACACAACAACUAUGAAUACACCGUUAUUUUCAUCUCAUUCAAUUGGUUCGCCUAAUUCAUUCAAUAGUGCAAGUGUUGGUGAUUUGCCAGUAACACGUACAGGUGCACGUACAACUGGAACGGGCCACAUUGGGACUAGUUCAUCCAUGAAUAACCAGUCCAAUGCAUCGUUUUCUGUGUGGAUAGACGAUGGACGACUUUACUGCGGGCAUAAAUGGUAUGAUAUUUCGGUUCAGCGUCUUUCUUUGCAACAGUUAAACUGA